GGCAAGAAUUCUUAUUGGUCUGGAAAUGUAUUCAUGUAAUGGCUUGGGUCUCAUGGAUUUCACUGUUCCUAGCUUAUCUGAGUUAGUGAAAUUGUCUUUAGAAUGCAGUUGGUCGGAUUCCUUAGUGGAGCUGCAGACACUGACACGACUGAUGUAUUUUGCAUACGUAUCACACGCCUAUGAAAUAGUGACAACUUGUUCCAAAAGGAUCUUGGAAUCAGAUAGGAGUUCUGUCCACAACAGAGAUACUAAGAAAUAUGAUGUGCCAGGUAACAGACUGAAACAAGAAAUGUUAAGCACUACUGCCUGGAUGCAAGGACAGAGCAUAAUGGAAAAAUUGUGUGGAAGAAAACACCUGCGUGUAGCAGCAUCAAUCGCCUUUGCUCAGAGUGCCAGGCAUGCAGGUGAAGCUGGGAAUUAUUCCCUGGUAAUGUUUGCAGCGAGACACUUUUGGAAUGCAUGUUUACCUUUGCUGGGCUCUCCACAUGACAGAGAACAUCUUAAAGAACCUACUGAAAUAAUUCUUAAGAGUAUAAUUAAAGCAGAAUCUAAAAAUAAACAGGAAGAGAAAGCAAUGUGGCCUUUGCAUCAGUGGAUUACAAAGGAUUUUCAAAGUAUCGGGUGCUGAGGAAGAUCUGACAUUAAGAAUCUCCUUAUAUGGGUUAUUAUGCCACAUAUAUGCUGAUAAAGCUGACUGGGAGACAGCACUAAAAGUCCUGGAUGAAGCUAAUCAAGUUUUGCCUCAGACAAGGCA